AUGUAUGAGGUAAUUCCGGAAAACGCGUGUCCAAGGCAUCAGCAUCUUACACAGCUCACAGGCAGUCCGUCGCUGAACUCGAUUGACCGACUGACGAAACCUUUUAAAUGUCCUGGAUCAGCUACGCCGACUCGUACCUCCGAAAAACCGGCUCGGAAGAGGCGAAAAGUGAACUAUGCAGAAGCGGAUGGGAAUGCAGAGGAUAAGAAUGAGAAGACAUGGAUGACGGAGGACCGCAUGGCGCUUGCGGCGCGGGACGCAAAUCGGUUCCCUGUAUUCAAGGUUAAGGACAAAGACCUUAUGUUUAGGCAACGGUUUCGUGUGCCGCUGGUCAACAAAACACCUGGCGAGUACGACGCGGCACGACCUGCACCGACGCUGGGUAUGAGACAGGGUGCUACGUUUGUGGUAAAGCCUUUACAUGACCCCAGCGGGGAGUUUGCGAUAGUGCUGUACGACCCGACUGUCGAUGAUGUGGAGGAGAAGCAGGAAUCAACCAAGACCGUGGGUGAUCAGCAGGAAGAUAAACCAAAGCUCGACGAGCCACUCGUGCACAAAAGCUUAGCCGACAUACUUGGUCUCAAAAAGAAGGUUGAUGAUCGUCCCAAGGUCCCAGUGGUAAUCGAUCCAAGGUUGGCAAAGGUGCUUCGACCCCAUCAGGUCGAAGGUGUAAAGUUUCUUUACCGCUGUACGACGGGGAUGAUUGAUAGAAAUGCCAACGGCUGCAUCAUGGCAGAUGAGAUGGGGUUGGGAAAGACUCUACAAUGUAUCACAUUGAUGUGGACUUUGCUCAAACAGUCUCCCGAGGCUGGUAAGAGUGCGAUCCAGAAAUGUGUGAUUGCUUGCCCCUCAAGCCUGGUUAAGAAUUGGGCGAACGAAUUGGUGAAAUGGCUUGGCAAAGAUGCAAUAAAUCCCUUUGCAGUGGAUGGUAAGGCCUCGAAGACAGAGCUUACUGCUCAGAUGAAACAAUGGGCUAUCGCUUCGGGGCGUUCUGUUGUCAGGCCUGUUCUCAUUGUUUCUUAUGAGACACUUCGAUUGAAUGUCGAAUCCCUGAAAGAUACACCUAUUGGACUACUUCUGUGUGAUGAGGGACAUCGCUUGAAAAACAAGGACAGCUUGACGUGGACUGCUCUAGACAGUCUCAAUGUCAGUCGCCGCGUCAUUCUUUCUGGAACGCCGAUUCAGAACGACUUGUCCGAAUAUUUUGCGCUUCUUCAUUUUGCCAACCCUAACUUGCUUGGAACGCAAAAUGAGUUUCGCAAGCGCUUCGAGCUACCGAUCCUCAAGGGCCGAGAUGCCGCCGGUACAGAGGAUGAUCGCAAAAAGGGUGAUGAACGUUUAUUAGAGCUGUCUGGCAUUGUCAACAAGUUCAUUAUCCGACGAACUAACGACAUUCUGUCCAAGUAUCUGCCGGUCAAGUAUGAGCAUGUCGUCUUUUGCAACAUGUCGCAGUUUCAGAUCGAUCUCUACAACCACUUUCUCCAAAGUCCUGAUAUCAAAAGCUUGCUGAGAGGCAAAGGGAGUCAGCCUUUGAAAGCAAUUGGAAUGCUCAAGAAGCUUUGCAAUCACCCAGACUUGUUGAAUCUGUCGACGGAUCUCCCAGGAAGCGAGCAUACCUAUCCCGAGGACUAUGCUCCUCCUGACUCUCGCGGUCGCGACAGGGACAUCAAGUCCUGGUAUUCUGGAAAAAUGAUGGUUCUUGACCGCAUGUUGGCACGGAUACGUCAAGACACCAAUGAUAAGAUAGUACUAAUCAGCAAUUAUACGCAAACCCUCGAUCUAUUUGAGAAGCUUUGCCGGGCCCGUGGAUACGGUAGCUUACGACUGGAUGGAACGAUGAAUGUCAACAAGCGCCAGAAGCUUGUGGAUAAAUUCAAUGAUCCGGAUGGACUGGAGUUUGUCUUUCUUCUUAGCAGUAAAGCUGGUGGCUGCGGAUUAAACCUGAUCGGGGCAAACAGACUCGUGCUCUUCGAUCCGGACUGGAACCCUGCCGCUGACCAGCAGGCACUCGCCCGAGUGUGGCGAGAUGGGCAGAAGAAGGACUGUUUCGUAUAUCGAUUCAUCGCGACUGGUUCGAUUGAAGAAAAGAUCUUCCAGCGUCAAUCCCACAAACAGUCGCUCUCUUCAUGCGUGGUGGACAGCGCGGAAGAUGUCGAGCGCCAUUUCUCGCUGGAGAGUCUGCGUGAACUGUUCCAAUUCAAGCCAGAGACUCGCAGCGAUACUCACGACACCUUCAAGUGCAAAAGGUGCAGGCCGGACGGCACACAGUAUAUCAAGGCUCCCGCCCUGUUGUACGGCGAUACUAGUUCUUGGAACCAUUUUGUCAAUGAUGGGGAGAAGGGUGCGCUCAGCAAGAUUCAGGAUCUCCUUUUGCGCCAGGAGACAGGAGAGAAAGACGUCUCUGCCGUUUUCCAAUACAUCACACUCGAGAAAAUCGUCCGCGAUGCCGUUUUCAAAGGAGAACACGAUAAGAUUCAAAAAAUCGUCUACCAGCUCUGCCACGAUUAUGCCUACGCCGAAGGUGUCGCUCCUUAUCUCAAAGAGAUUGUACCCCCGGUGCUAGCUUGCUUCUCGGAUCAGGAUGCUCGGGUCAGGUACUAUGCAUGCGAGAGCAUGUACAACAUCGCCAAAGUGGCAAAGGGAGAGAUAUUACUGUUUUUCAACGACAUCUUCGACGCUCUCUGCAAGUUGGCCUCCGAUUCCGAGCUUUCGGUGAAGAACGGUGCCGAACUUCUGGAUCGCCUCGUGAAAGACAUUGUAUCUGAGUCCGCAGCGUUUUAUGUGUCCGUGCUUCAGAUAUCGGAGAAAGGGUUACAUGAAGCCGAUACCCUGGAGGGAGCUGAUCUCCCGACUGCGUUUUCUCUUGCAAAAUUCAUCCCACUGUUAAAGGAACGUAUCCAUGUGAUCAGCCCGUUCACCCGGACGUUCCUAGUCUCAUGGCUAACUCUAUUGGAUACAAUCCCAGACCUGGAGCUUGUAUGCUAUCUGCCCGAGUUUCUCGGGGGAUUAGUCAAGUUCCUUGGCGAUCCGAAUCGCGAUGUUAAUGUUGCAACCCAGGGACUAUUGGAAAGAUUUCUUACCGAGAUCAAACGUAUCGCUCGUAUCAAGAAGGGGAUUGAAGAGAGUCGCCAAGGGCAUGGGAGCAGUAACAAUCGCAAAUCAGCCACGAGUGAUACCGCAAGCAUUAAUACUGAGCAGGGAGCUGAAGUUGAUAAGGCUGAGAAUGCGAUAGAAGACUCCGAUACUGGGUCGAUCAAUGAUGAUGAGGAGGAUGCCGGUAUUGAUGAUGACACUCAGGUUGAUGGGGACUGGAUCCCGGGGCAAGAUGUUCAGAUUGAUUAUCCAAAGAUUCUCGACAUUCUUGUCGGCUUUGUCAAUACGUCAUUCGAUGAGGAGAUGCAAUUGACUGCGUUACGGUGGAUCGAUAGCUUUUUCGAAAUCAGCCCAGGUGACAUUUUGCCUUUUGUCCCUCGUCUUCUUACCCAGGUGCUCCCUGCAAUGUCCAGCGGAUCAGACCAGGUGCGACAAGCCGCAAACAGAGUCAACACUUCCCUGCUGGAGUAUAUCGUGACUCUUUCGGAGGACACGACAGAGGAAGCCCGCGCAGGACCACCGAAAUUACCUGCAUCUGCAACUGGCAAAGAACCAGUUGAAGAAAGAGCAUCCAGUCCAAGUGAUUCCCGGAAGCAAAUCAUCCUGCAAGAGUCUAUGGACUUGACUCCCAGAAGUAGUCUUGUCUCAACGCCCAUCCCGCCUGCAGAUCUGGACUACGCUGCAGCCGUCAGUUCUCUCACACUUCAAUUUCUGAAUGAGAACGAGGCGACCCGGGUAGCCGCUCUCUCCUGGCUAAUCAUGCUGCAUCGGAAGGCUCCCCGUAAGGUUGUCGCGUUCAACGAUGGGACAUUCCCUGCGCUACUGAAGACACUAUCCGACCCUGCAGAAGCAGUGGUGACAAAGGAUUUGCAGCUUCUCUCUCAAAUCUCACGGAACAGUGAUGACGGUUAUUUUUCCGCUUUUAUGGUGAACCUCCUUAAGCUGUUUUCGACAGACAGGAAUCUUCUUGAAGUUCGUGGGAACCUUAUCAUCCGGCAGCUAUGCAUGAACCUCAGUCCUGAACGCAUCUACCGCACUCUAGCCGACUGUUUAGAAAAGGAAGAGGAUAUCGAAUUCGCAAGUAUCAUGGUCCAAAACCUGAACAACAACCUCAUCACAGCCCCCGAGCUCUCUGAAUUGAGAAAGAGACUGAGGAAUCUCGAUACAAGAGAAGGCCAAAUGUUCUUUGUGGCUCUGUUUCGAUCAUGGUGCCAUAAUGCCGUCUCAACCUUUUCGCUCUGUCUCCUUGCGCAAGCUUACGAACAAGCCUAUAAUCUUCUUCCGGUGUUCGCUGAGCUUGAAAUGACAGUGAACAUUUUGAUUCAAAUCGACAAAUUGGUCCAACUGCUCGAAUCCCCCGUUUUCACUUAUCUCCGUCUCCAGCUCCUUGAACCUGAAAGAUACCCGUAUCUUUACAAAUGCCUCUACGGCGUCCUCAUGUUGCUACCACAGAGCUCAGCCUUUGCAGCCUUGAAAAACCGCCUAAAUAGCGUGAGCAAUAUCGCACUUCUCCAUUCUGCACCUCGGGCGCCCACCGCUACCUCGAGUGUCACGUCUGCCAUCAACUAUGACCGUUCCAGCGGUAGUCGACUAAAAGGACGCGACGAAGGUUCCAUCCGUUGGCACGAGCUUCUGGACAAAUUCAAGUCGACGCAAGAAAAGGCCCGUCGGUCCCAAUGGGCGGCGCAGCGCCAGAUGGAUCAGGAUGGCACAGGACUAGGGCUACGCAACCCCUCGCUUGCAGCAGCUCUCUCUGCUGCCGCCACCUCUGACCAGGCUCGUAAGGACAAAGUCCUUCCCGAAACACCCCGGGCCGGCGGACUGGGUGGCGCAGGAGGUCGCGGGACCAACGCCAACAGUAACGCGCUGGAUUCGGGCGCACAGAAGGGCAGCACGACGCCGCUGUCGAGCCAUAAGCACAAAUCCAGCCUGCCGAAUCUUGGACGGCUUGGGAUCGGAGGGAGGAAGUCUAAGCGAUGA